GCCCCACAGUCUGCAUGUAAAAAUCAUUCCCGCUGUCUCAUUUGGCAGGCAGCACUCCAUAAACAGGGCCAUGCUGAUACCCAGGGGCAGACUGAAAACUCAUGGGGCCCCCGGGCAAUAGGGGAUCAUGGGGCCCCCAAAUCCUCACCUACACUUAAACCACACCCAAAAAAAGCCUAUUAAAGGUACCAGGGGCAUCUCAUGGGGCCCCCUACUGACCCCGGGCCCUCAGGCAGUGCCAGAGUAUUUGAAUGGUCAGUCUGCCCCUG